AUGCCUAGUCUUGUGGUAUCUGGAAUAAUGGAAAGAAAUGGGGGAUUUGGGGAACUGGGAUGUUUCGGAGGAAGCGCGAAGGACCGGGGUCUCCUGGAAGACGAGCGGGCCCUCCAGCUCGCCCUGGAUCAACUCUGCCUCCUUGGUUUGGGGGAGCCCCCCGCCCCCACGGCGGGUGAGGACGGGGGAGGUGGGGGGGGCAACGCCUCCGCCCCGCCAACUGCUCCCCCUCAGCCUGCCCCGCCGCCGCCACCCCCGGCGCCCCCGGCGGCCCCGCCGGCGGCCCCCCCGGCCCAGCCGCCCCAGCCACCGGCGGCCCCUAAAGGGGCAGGCGAUGCCAAGCUCUGCGCCCUGUACAAAGAGGCCGAGCUGCGGCUCAAGAGUAGCAGCAACACCACGGAGUGUGUCCCCGUGCCCACAUCGGAACACGUGGCGGAGAUCGUGGGCAGACAAGGCUGCAAGAUCAAGGCCCUACGAGCAAAGACUAACACCUACAUCAAGACCCCUGUGCGAGGUGAAGAGCCAGUAUUUAUGGUGACAGGACGCCGGGAGGAUGUGGCCACUGCCCGACGAGAGAUCAUUUCAGCAGCUGAGCACUUCUCCAUGAUCCGGGCCUCUCGAAACAAGUCAGGUGCUGCCUUUGGAGUAGCACCAGCUCUCCCUGGCCAGGUCACUAUUCGGGUUCGAGUACCGUAUCGUGUGGUGGGGUUAGUGGUAGGGCCCAAGGGGGCCACCAUCAAGCGCAUCCAGCAGCAGACUAACACCUACAUCAUCACACCCAGCCGGGACCGAGACCCUGUCUUUGAAAUCACUGGUGCGCCAGGCAACGUGGAACGAGCUCGAGAGGAGAUUGAGACCCAUAUUGCUGUUCGCACUGGCAAGAUUCUUGAGUACAACAAUGAGAAUGACUUUCUAUCAGGUAGCCCUGACCCUGCUCUGGAGAGCCGCUAUUCCGAGGCCUGGAGAGUCCAUCCACCAGGUUGCAAACCCCUCUCCACCUUCCGACAGAACAGCCUUGGUUGUAUUGGAGAGUGUGGUGUUGAGUCAGGAUUCGAGGCGCCACGGCUCGGGGAACAAGGGGGUGACUUUAGCUAUGGUGGCUACCUGUUCCCUGGCUAUGGGGUUGGCAAGCAGGAUGUGUACUAUAGUGUGGCUGAGACUAGUCCUCCACUCUGGGCUGGCCAAGAGAAUGCCACCCCCACCUCCGUCCUUUUCUCCUCUGCCUCCUCAUCUUCAUCCUCUUCAGCCAAGGCCCGGGCUGGUCCCCCAGGGUCACACCGCUCACCAGCCCCAGCGUCAGCAUCGUCAGCUGUCCCAGAGCUGGCUGGGCUUCCAAGGCGACCACCUGGGGAACCCCUCCAGGGCUUCUCCAAACUUGGGGGAGGUGGGCUGAGGAGCCCAGCUGGAGCAGGGGGUGGGCGGGACUGUAUGGUGUGCUUCGAGAGUGAGGUCACGGCAGCCCUGGUCCCUUGUGGACACAACCUCUUCUGCAUGGAGUGUGCUGUACGAAUCUGCGAGAGAACCGAUCCUGAGUGUCCUGUUUGUCACAUUACAGCCACACAAGCCAUCCGAAUAUUCUCCUAA